AUGGCAUCCAAGGUGCACAUGGCAGCGCCCAUGUGCCUGGUGGCGAACACCCCGGAGCAGGGCUUGGUGCUGCAGCAGGAGACCCUGCAGGUGCUGUUGGGCAUCACCGAGCCCGUGGUGGUGGUGGCCAUCGUGGGGCCCUACCGCAGCGGCAAGUCCUACCUGGGCAACAGGCUGCUGGGCCACAGAGGAGGCUUCUCCGUUGGCUCCAGCGUGCAGGCUCACACCAAAGGGAUCUGGGUUUGGUGCGUCCCUCAUCCCCUCCAGCCCGGGCUUACGCUGGUGCUGCUGGACACCGAAGGGUUGGGAGAUGUGGAGAAGGGCGACGCCGUGAAUGACACGUGGCUCUUCGUGCUCUCCAUCCUGCUCUCCAGCACCCUCAUCUACAACAGCAGAGGCACCAUUGACCAACAAGCCUUGGACCAGCUGCACUACGUGGUGAAGCUGAGCGAGCACAUCAAGCUGAAGGCAGUGCCCACAGCGGGUGAGGUGGAGGAGCCGGAGAAGUUUGUCCUCUUCUUCCCAGCUUUCAUCUGGGCCGUUCGGGAUUUCACCCUGUGCCUGGAGAAGGAUGGGAAGGAAAUCACCGAGGACCAAUACCUGGAGGAGGCCCUGAAGCUCAAGGCUGAGGGCAGCCCGAGGAGCGAGCACUACAACCAGCUCCGGGAAUGCAUCCGCCGCUUCUUCCCGCAUCGCAAGUGCUUCACUUUUGAGCCGCCGGGAAACAGGAAGAACCUGGAGCACUUGGAGCAGCUGGAGGACAAGGAGCUCAACCCGGAAUUCCAGCAGCAAAUGGAGAAGUUCUGCAGCUACAUCUGGGAGGAGGCUCCACCUAAAACCAUCCCUGGUGGCCACAUCGUAACGGGGAGCAUGCUGGUGGAGCUGGUGGUGUCCUUCGUGGGCGCCAUCCGGAGCGGGGUGGUGCCGUGCCUGGGCAACGCGGUGCUGGCCCUGGCGCAAGUGCAGAACGCGGCGGCGCUCAAGGACGCUCUGGGCCGGUACCGGGAGCUGAUGGAGACGAGGGUGAAGCUGCCCACGGCCACGGCGCAGGAGCUGCAGGACCUGCACGCCCAGUGCAGGAGGGAGGCGCUGGAGCUCUUCAUGGAGCGGGCGUUCGAGGAGGACAUCUGCCUCUUCCAGAAGGACCUCAUGCAUCAAGUAGAGGGAAUGUUGGAGAAGUUCCACACGGACAAUGAGCAGAUGUCCCAGGACAAGUGCACGGAUGCUCUCAGGGACCUCUACCAGGACGUGGAGACAAGGAUCAACAGCGGUUCCUAUGGCAUGGUGGGGGGUUACCAGCGUUUCAGAGAGGACUGCGAGGAACUGGUGAAGAAAUACCAGGAGCUGCCUGGCAAAGGGGUGAAGGCUGAUGAUGUCCUGGAGAAGUUCCUCCAGAGCAAAGAGGAUGUUGCCAAAACCAUCCUCCACAUGGACAGCUCCCUGACGGAGAAGGAGAAGCAGAAGCAAACUCAGCAGGACGAGUACGAGCGAGCCAUGCGGGCGAUGGAGAUCCGGAUGAAGCAGGAGGCUGAAUCCAAGCAGAAGCUGCAGGACCAGGCACGUGGCUACCAGGAGUACACGCUCCAGCUGCAGAAGAAGCUGGAUGGAUGCUACCAGAAGAAGCUGGAUGAGAACCUCCAGAUGAUCAACCACAAGUUAAAGGAGAAGGACAUGUUGCUCAAGGAAGGCUUCUUGGAGAAAGCCAUGGGCCUGAGCGCGGUGGCCCGUAGGCUGGAUGAUGAGAGCCACAUCCAUUCCGCCACCAAGAGGAACACCAUCGAAUUCUGGUUGAACAUCAUCCUGUCCCUCCUGACAAACGUGACACUCGCCGUUCUCCAGUACUUCAGCUCAUCCAGAUCCGCUCCUAAGCACUUGUAG